AUGCUGAUGUUUUAAUUCAUGUAAAAUCUUCACACAUUGACAGAUUCAUAUCUGUCAAUGAUUGUGAUUUUAAUGUUAAAUUAUUAAUUGAGAACUUGAAGAAUGUGAUAAUGAAGAAAUUAUCUGUGUUAUAUAUAACUGAGUCUUCUGCAUUCUUCUCUACUCUCUCUGUUUCUUUCUCUGCUGCUUCUCUUCAAUCUUCUACAUCUGUCUCUGUGUCUGAUUCUCCUGCUUCUGCUAUCUCUGUUCUUACAACUCUCACUCUCACUACUUCUGGUUUUACUGUCUCUGCUUUUGUUAUCAGCUCUCCUCAUUUUAAGAAGAUAUUGUAUAGACUUAAUAAAUCACAUUUCUCAAGAAUCAUCUUCUCUCUCAACAGUGUUAAAAUUAUAA